CAUUCGGUCGUAGCGAUGACAACGGUAGGUACGAUGCUCUCGGCGGUUCUUGUUUUGUUACUGGGAAUAAUUGGAUCGAUGGGUUAUCCUUCUUUUCCAAUGGAUACGGAGAAAGUUAUCUUAGUGCUGGUUGAUGGAGUGCGUUGGGAUUACUUAAAUGAUUCCUCAUAUGUUGGAUUUAAAAGAAUGGCAGACAACGGAGUCAAGGCGGAAUAUGUGACUCCAGUUUUUCCCUCCAAUUCUUACCCCAACUGGUACACUAUAGUCACAGGAUUAUACCCAGAAAACCACGGAAUAGUCCAAAACUAUAUGUAUGAUCCUGAAAGGGAUGAUCUGUUUCUAAUGGCGCUACAUUCCAAUGCUUCUCAUCCUCACUGGUGGAACGACGCGGAACCAAUAUGGGUAACAGCAGAGAAACGUGAUCUAAAGUCUGCAGUUUACUGGUGGGAUGGCUGUCAAGUUCUUAUUCAAGGGAAGAAACCGACGAAAUGCGAAGAAUACGCCAACUAUUGGGUAUGGGGGAAAGUAAACAGAGACACCCUGAACGCCAUGACAGAUCUCUUGGAUAAGUUUCAGAAAGACAACUUUCGAUUAGGUCUUGUAUAUUACGAAGCUGUCGAUGCAAACGGGCAUUUCCGUGGGCCAGAUUCUGAGGACAGAAUUCGUUCUUUGAGAGAUAUCGAUUCCAUUUUAAAUAGCAUUCAAGAUCAGAUUGCCAAAAAAGGAAUGGAGCAUCAGGUAAAUCUUAUCGUUGUCUCAGACCAUGGUAUGACAGCUGUUGAUCCUCAAGGACCAAAAGUCAUCGACAUAGAGAAAGCCAUUAAUCUAAAAGACUUAAAAUUGAUGUUAGAUCGUGGAGCAGUUUCCAUGAUUUUACCUGAAGAAGGAUCGGAAGAAAGGCUCUACCAGUCAUUGAAAAGAGCAGAUAUAGAAGGCCUUACAGUUUAUAAGAAGAGUGAAAUACCAGAGCAUUAUCAUUUCAAGAGACACAGAUUAGUGCAGCCCAUUCUACUCGUUGCGGAUGAAGGUUAUGUCAUAAAAGCGCUUUCUGAUCCGAAACGCAUGAAACCGUUUGCUGAAAGAAUAUUCAAAGGUUACCAUGGCUAUGAUCCAUACAAAGUAAAAGACAUGAGAACAAUAUUUUAUGCAAGAGGUCCUUCUUUCAAGAAGGGUUUUGUUUCACCACCCUUAGAAAUGGUAGACCACUAUGGUGCUAUAUGCCGAGCCAUGGGAAUGGAGCCUCUCAGCAAUAAUGGUUCUUGGCCUCGAAUUCGCAACAUGCUGGCAGGAAAUGCUUUAAGACCUGAAACUCACAUUGGUCCCGACAAGAAAUCAAAAGUAGUUUUGAACAAAAAUAAGAGUACCAUAGGAUAUAAGAAAAACAAAAAUAUCUUCAAAGGCAAGAGGAAACAUUCUGCAGCAAAUAGCCUUCAAGUUUCACAUUUUAAUGUUAUAGCUGCUUUUCUGUUUGCCAUUUUCAUAUCAAAAAAUAGCAGAAUGGCAUAUUUUAGGAACUAGUGACUCCAUAUAUAUCAUAUUCCAGUGCCUUCUUAGUAGCACACCAUCGAAGGUUUCCAGACUAGUUGUGAAGAAAUGUCUGCAAGUAGUGAUAGUUUCAAUGAAAUCUUCUUAACAUAAAGAUAAUUUUCUUUUAUUCAGAAGAUUUCAACAGCAUGUGAAGGGGCAGGACAGUUCUUAAUUUUCAUCGACAUAACUAAUGGAGUAUUUUCAAAAGGGUUUCUUGGUCUAGAUAGUUUCACGAAAGUAUGCUUGGAAUAAGGCCAUGGAAAAUCAUACCCCAUGCUUGGAGUAAGGCCAUGGAAAAUCAUACAGCGUGUUAUGAAAACAGACGUCUCGAAUAAAGUACGAAAUCUUCUUCAUCUUUCUGUAUUUCUAAAGAAAUUUCAUUAAAAGAGCGAAAGAAGAAAUUCACAAACGCACAAGUUCCGGCUUAUGAGAAAAGGAAUUACAAAUGGGGUAAAAGAAAGUGGUAUAUAUAAGGAUUGUUGAAAUUGAGUGAACAUUCAUAUCAAUGAAAACAUACGUUAUGCUUAAUCAUUAUUCGAUGACUGAAUCUCAAUUUUUAAACAAACCUUAUAUAUGAGAUUUAUAUUUAUGCAUAGUUAUGUUUUGACAGCGCUCGCAAACUGUUUUAUUCGGUAGUUAGCCGUACACAAGUAUUUAAAAACUGAAACAUGGCAACUUUUCGUGUCGCUUUAUUUUGAAAAUAUUUGAAUUAUAUUUGGUUCAUAAAUUUUCUCCUACGCUUAUUUUUUUGUCAAGAAAUACGCUGAAUGGUUAAUUUUAUAUGCCCAAAGUAAAAAAACGAAAAAAAAAAAAAAAAAAAAAGGAGGAUACACAAUAAGAAAAAAGAUUCGUAUUUAUUGUGCACUUCUGAAAACCAUUUCUACUGAUUUUGCAUUAUUUUGCACAGAGAACUGUUUUACAUCAUAUUUUCCUAUACGUAUGCCUUUCUCAAACGAUAUUUUUGAUUAAAAUAUUUAAAUAGAGCCUUGUGAGAAUAAACAAGUUCCACAGUAAUAGAGGUAGACCAAUAUUUAGUGAAAUAUAUUAGAGGACGAAUCCAUUAAUAUUAGAAUUUAAUAUUCGAAUAAAAUAUAUGUUCAAAUUCUUGAUAGUCAUAGCUACGAGGGACAUCAAGAAAAAUAAAGCAGCUAUUAAUGUAUUAUAUAAGUGUCAUAACAAAAAUCAACUGCGCCCCUUAAACUUUUGUUUUCCUUACUCUACUUAUUCCUAUAAAAGAUACUGAAUCUGGUCUUUACCAAUAACCAGUUAUGUUGGCGAAGAUAAUGUGGUGUCACUUGUUAGAUGUUAGUCAUGAUUACAGCGCAUGCGAUAUGAUUUAUCUGUGAACACCUUCCCCUUUUGCAAUCCUGAUUAGAAAAUUUUAAGUUGUGUCAGAUCACGUCAGGGCCAGCACUAGGAAUUUUAAGAACUUAGAUUCUGUCUCAAGGUGUCUCCAAAAUUUUGCCCCUUCCCCCAAGUUCUACCGUUCGUGCGGCCCAUGGAGGAAGGAAAACUGGGAGAAGCCCGAAGUGGUUUUUUCGAUACACUUCCUUGAAGCGGUGACCCUUCCUUGUUUAGCAAAACAUUUAGUGACUUGCCAUUAAGAUGAGUAGGUUUUGUCAUGUUCGGAAGCACACAAUUUGUAAUUACGUCGUGAAUGUAAGUAUAAAUGUAAAUAUUUGUUUUCUAUAAUACUUCAGAGUUCUAAGUAUGUGAAAGAGUACAUUUUUUAAACAUUUCAUUCUGAACGGAAUUAAAUGCUAUACUUUUCCCAUGCUCAGAACAAUUUUAAUUUGAACGAAAUGUUUUCACAAGUUUUCACUAGAAAGAAAUUUUAAGGUAAUUCUUCUAUUUUAUUCAGUUAACGAUAGCCAAAUUAAAAUCAAAAUUCAUUGUAUUAUUAAUAGUAAAAUCGCACAUUUUUUCUUUUUUAUUUCUAUGUAUAGAGCUUCUUUCAGAAAUACUUUCUCAAGUAUGAGAUGAUUUUCAGCUUCUGUGGCAUCUUUUAAAUCAAAAAUCAUAGUCACUCUAUAAUUAAUGCUCUGUCUGAUUCAUUUGAAAUUAGAGAACUUUUUAUUUUAAUAAUUAAAUAUCAUAAAACUCCUUCGUUAUUUGAACGUAUUUUCCCAAAGUUGUUAAGUCAAAGAUAGGUUUCCUUCCCCAACGAUGCUAGAAAUACACUUCGCGGGGCAGUGUUAUGUAUAGCAGCUUACUGAGCGUGCUUUUUGUUAAAAGGCUUUAGAACUGCUGACAGCAAAAGGCUGACAUUAAAUGUACUCAAAGAACGGCAGAUUGCAUGAAUUUAAUGCAUAGUUUCUCCUCUUAAGUGACAGCUUUCAAGCUCUUGUUCUAAUUGCUGUUUCACUUACAAGAUAUAAAUAACUUCGUUUCUGUACUUCUGAGACAGGACAAUUUUAUUUUUGUGAACUUUUUCCCUGUAAAUGACUUUAUGAAACGUACUCAUGAAACUUUGAAUGAGUGUCUAUUUUUUGCUUCAAUACUGAUAUCGGAGUCACAUAAAAUUCUCUUUGGAGUUUAUUUUUAGGGGACGUAUUUGAAACCGCAUAUUUAUUUACUAAGUAGAAUAAUUACAGAUACAUGUCUUUUGUUGUUAAUGUUAUACCUAAGGUAUGAUUCAUGUUUUAUACUUCUGUGAAAAUUAUUUCAUGUUUUAAUGUUUCAUGUACAUCAAUAAAGCAAUGAUUUCAACACAUAAA